UUAAAGUCAAUUUGCUGCGAUGGCAGCCUCCAUGGAUACGGAUAUAUCCGCCAACCCGCUGCCCAGCAAUGAGGAGGAUCCCCUGGCCGAGGAGCGCCUGGGUUUCGUGCGGGAAGUGGGCGCCCAGGCCGUUUGGAGCCUCUCCUCCUGCAAGCCGGGAUUCGGCGUAGAGCGUCUGCGGGACAACAUCAUGGACACCUAUUGGCAGUCGGAUGGACAGCUGCCCCACCUGGUCAACAUCCAGUUCCACAAGCGCACCAACAUCAGCCAGAUCUACAUAUACACGGACUACAAGCUGGACGAGAGCUACACGCCAUCGAGGAUCUCCAUUAGAUCCGGGACCAACUUCAACGAUCUGCAGGAGCUGCAGGUGAUGGACCUCACCGAGCCCACCGGCUGGGUGCAGAUACCCAUCAAGGACGGGAACGUAAAGUCGAUUCGCACCUUCAUGCUGCAGAUCGCAGUGAUCUCGAACCACCAGAACGGCAGGGACACCCACAUGCGGCAGAUCCGCAUCCAUGCGCCCGUCGAGGGCAAGCACUAUCCCCUGGAGCUCUUCGGGAAGUUCGGAACCGUCGACUUCCAGAAGUUCGCCACCAUUCGUUGAGGAAUAUCUAUUCGAAGUCUUUUAUUUUUAUGUAUUUUUCGGGGUAUAUAACUGCUAAAAUACAACAUUUAAAACAUUACUUUAGUAAGUGUAUGCAUAUUUUUGGUGUUUCUAAUUAAAUGCCCGUCACUUGUAUAUAUAAAUCGAUUGCAAAUAAAUAUAUACCGUCGUCUAAGCUUAA